AUGCUUGAAGUUUCUACACUCAAUUUAAAAAAUUUUCAGCUGCAUCUCUUUGAUCAAAUCUACUUGCAGUCAGAUUUAGUCGAAAAAUUCGCGAAAGACAGGGAUCAAGUAAGUUCGGAUGAGGCUUUCAUGGUGUGCAGUGUCGACAAUGUGAUUCAUCGCUUCAACUUGUGGAUGAAGCUUUUGCCAAGUGUUCAGCCAUUCUUUGCAAUAAAAUGUCACCCAGAUCCCGUUGUGAUCCGGACUUUGGCCGCUCUUGGUUGUGGAUUUGAUUGCGCUUCGAAAACGGAGAUUGAUGUUAUAUUGGAUCUCGGUAUUGAACCGGAGAAGAUAAUCUAUGCGAACCCGAGCAAGCCAAGGUCUUAUAUUAAGUACUCAAAAGAAAAAGAUGUAAAGCUGAUGACAUUUGAUUCACUGGAAGAACUACAGAAAAUUCAUCAAAUCUUCCCCGAAGCUAGCAUUGUUCUCCGAAUUCUUGUCCAAGAUCCGACCGCAAGUACAGUGUUCGGAAGAAAAUUUGGAGCUGAUCCAGAGACAAUCGCCCCCAAGCUUUUGGAAGAAGCAAAAAAGCUAUCGAUGAACGUGCAUGGGAUCAGUUUCCAUGUCGGCGUCGGUUGCAAGGAUGCCUCUGUUUAUGGAAAAGCGAUUCAAUAUGCUCGAGAUCUUUUCCGAUUUGGAUCAGAGAUCGGACAUUCAAUGUGGCUAUUGGAUAUUGGAGGAGGAUAUCCGGGAAGAGAAAUUGACAAUAACAGGUUCUUCAAGAUCGCUAACAUAAUCAAUGAAGCUUUGGACAAUCAUUUCUCCGAUCUAUCAUCAGUGAAAAUCAUUUCCGAACCUGGACAAUUUUUCUGUGAAGGCUCCUUUUCUCUAUGUGCUAACAUUAUCAAUGCUAUUGAAGUUCCAGCUGAUCGGAUCACAAAGAAAGAAGAAGACGCUAAUAAAAGAGGGAUCAUGUAUUUUUUGAACGAUGGGAUUUAUGGAUCAUUCAUGCUAGCAGCCACGGAAAAGAUUUAUGUUGAAGGAUUGGCAUUGAGGCCAAGAAAAGAUGCUGAAAAGCUGACAUCGAUUGUUUGGGGACCGACUUGUGCAAGUGUUGAUGUGGUUGAGGAAGCCAUUGAGAAAGAGCGAAUGAAUGAAGGUGAUUGGGUCCUUUACCCAGAUAUGGGAGCCUACGCAAACGGAUUAGCGACAACUUUCAACGGAUUUCAUCGACCCAAAAUCAUCCAUGCAAUCAGUAAAGACAAUUGG